AUGACUAAUGUGUUGGCUAAGUCAUCCAGUACUCGAAGUGAAUCUAACUCAACAACUACAAAUGACGAAAAUGAAGAUUCUACUACAGAGUUUACACCAUCAAAAACUUUAACAAAGUCAAAAAGUUUUAUAAGCAGAAAGUUUUCCUCGAAUUCACUUUUUGCUCAACUGAAUUCACCACCUCCUCCACCUCCACCAAAACCUGCUGCUGUUUCAAUACUGCUGCCUUCAAGGCUACUCAGGUCGUCCCCUGUGCCUCGCCAGGGAAAUACAAUAAUAUCUUCACCAUCGUCAUCGUCAUUAAAUACAUCAAGUUCAACUUUACAGCCCUCUCCAAGAACAAAGGCGUCGCCAAAAGUUCCCGCUUUGCAACCACCUCCUCCAUUAACUCCACCUUCAGCCGGGUAUAGACUUCCAAGAUCAGGGUCCUCAUAUGUGUCGCUAUCAUCUUAUUCCUCAAUACCGAGUGCAAGCUCAAUAUCCACAACCGCAUCCAACAAUAGCGGCAACAGUGGCAGCAAUAACAACAAUGAUAAACUUAUACAAACCUUACUAAAACGAUACAAGAAAUUGGAACUAGCAUUAAACAAGUUUAAUUCGAAAAAAUAUAAUCAUAAUUCCAACAGCAGCAAGACCAUAAAUGGAGCCAUAAUGAAAGGAAACUUACUAAGAACAUCUUUAAUUCCAUUUUUGAGGAGUGCAAAUCAACUAGAUCAGUUUUUUACCAAAGAUUCCAAGGUUUACAAAAGUUUAACUUGUGUCGUGUUGGCUAUAUUAAUCAAAUGGUGGAAUUCAUUGAUUGGCAAUUUGCGAUUUACUGCUAACUUGUCAGCAACAUCAUCUUCCACCACAGGCGGUUCGAAGUCACCUUCAUCUACAGUGAACACAUUUUCUCACUCUAUACUAUCCAGUGUUGAACCAAUCCAUUUCACAAGUAUACCUGCAUCUGAUCGCAAUGCAUAUUUGGAAUGUGUUUCGCGAAUUAUUUCACGAGAUGAUUGGAUUUAUUAUGAUGAAUUGAAUGAUUACCAAGUAUUACUCACGACAACUUUGGAUUUUUGCAUUGAUAAGUUGACCACGUUGAAAACGUUGUCAGGUCCAAUGGCAGCAUUCAUCGGAAAAGUAUUUGCAUUCAGUUUUUUCAAAAUUCCCGAUGUUUCCAAUGCAUUGUUGUUUUUGCUCAAUGUGAAACAAAUCACUUUGGAAUCGUGUACCAAGACUUUACCCAGCGCUAGCACUCACGAUUAUCGAGAGUUGUACAAUGUAUUUCCUCAACACUUGCAUCACUUGAUUGAUUUCAAAGGUUUACCAAAUUUGACAGAUAAGGGGCAGAAAUGCUAUAUGAAUUGCACCCCACCACCUAAACAUCCGGUUGAUGGGAUCAAAAAUCCUAAUGGUGAUUGGGUUCGACGUUGGUGUGGAUCAGACUCUGGUGUAUUCAACUCAUUCUUGCGUCAUUAUGUUGAAAUUGUCCAAAAGAAUUUACUAUCGAUUAUAGAUGAUGAUGUGAUGGUUUUGUUGAAAUGUCCUGGUUUUAGUGUCAUUUUGAGCCAUAUUUAUCAAAUUUUCCACAUUGCGAUAACUCGAAUCACUAGUUCCGCAAAGCCAGCUUUCACUACUAGUACUGUUAAUAAAAAUGCCCCACUUCCACCAAUACCAACAAGGUCAAAUUGCAAAAAUGGGGGUAGUGCAAAUGGUGCACCGGCACCGCCUCCCUCUCCUCCCCCACCUCACAACAACUUCAACUCCAAUGGUCAACGAUUCAAAACACCAGCACCUCCCCCUCCUCCACAGUUCAACAUAAACAUUAAGCAAAGCGACAUGUAUUACAACUCAAUUAUCAAAAUUUUCAAAACUGUACGUGAUGUGAUUUAUUGUGCUACCCUUGAUAACAAAUCUAUUGAUUGUAUCAGUGCAAGUUUAGUCAAAAUUAUCGAUUUAUGUUUGAUUUCGAUUGCACGAGAAGUGACGAUUUAUGAUUUCAACAAAAAUGGAUUAAUUUUGGGUAUUGUUCAUGAAUUUGUCAAUCAUAUUGAAAAUAAUAUCUCUAAUGAAGUAAAGUAUCUCAUCAGUUGGGAGUUUUGGUUAAGUUGUAAUUAUAUGAUGAUGAAUCAUUCGGAUCAUGUACAAAGUUUGUUGAAGAAUUUUGCGUUUCUUUUUAAUGUGUGGGAUAUGAUUCCUGAUGCAUUGUGUUCAUUUGUUCAACCACAACGCCUGGAAUACGGACCAAUUGGUGAUAUAAAUGAUGAAAAUUAUAAAUGGAUAACAAAUGUUGAAGACUCAUUCAAGUUGAAUUUUAUAAACUAUCUUAUAAGUGAUGAUAUGUUUCGCACAAUGUUUAUUCAUUGGAAUCCCCUUGUGAGGUCUUACUAUAUCAAGUUUUUGGUUUGGAGAGUAAUUGGAAUCAAUAAUUCUCAAUCAUCUGCAUCCAUACAAGUGACGAGAAACUUACAAUUCAAAUUGGAUCAAUCAUUUGAAGCAUUGCAGAGAUAUACUAUGAAGAUGUGCAAUGAGCGUAAACGGGGGAAAUGUGGUGAGGCUGGCGAUGUUAAUUGGAAUCAAAAGUUUAUCCUUAACUUUAAACCUGAUAAUCCAUUGGUCAAUCGAAAAUUUGGUAUUUUGCCUGCUAGUGUGCGCGAUGAUUACUUAUCAAUUGGAAACAGUAGCUAUGAUAAUCAACAAUCAGAUAUGUAUAUAGCUUCAGCUGCUGCUACUUCAGUAUCAAAAUCAUCUGAGUUGAGGAAAACGCAUGCAUUUGAGAUUUUUGAUGAGGCUAUUUAUACUUGUGCCACUGUUCCGCCGACGUCCAAUGGGUCAAGUACCCCUCAAGAAGACCGCAAAAGAAGUAGUUCGUCUUCCUCCUCAAGUUCAGUCGCAAGCUCAAUUGGUUCAAAGGGAACGUCGUUAGUUAGUUCUAUUGGAAGGUUGUUGCGUAUUGUUUCUGAUGAUGUUGAUGGCGAUGGCGAUGAAGAGGAUGAUAAAAUGGCGGAUCCAAAAGAAACAUUGGCUAAACAUGUUGACAAGAAUGCCCACGAUGAUGAAAGUGGCAUCACACGAAACUCUGAAUCUUCUACCUCAUUGUCAACCACAAACUCCUUCAAGUCAAGGUCGUCGUCGCCCAGCAUUAUGUCGUUCAGGUCAACGCCUACUUCGGUUACUGAGUCGUCGUCUACAAAGUCCGAUAAUGAAUCGAUUUACUCUCUUGAUACGAUCAAGCUAAACAAUUCUUUGCAGGAUGCAAGUUUUGGAGCACAACAAAGAAUGCAACAAUCUGGACAAGGUAAACUGUUGAGCAGGAAAAAACUGUCACAAUUGCAACAAUCAUAUAAUAUACAACCACCCGAAUUGGCACGAUUACCACCGGAUAUUGUUCGCCCUAUUUUCAAAUUUGAUAUUGUUGUUUGUCAUGAAUCAAUUAAUGAAAAGUUUCAAAUUAUCAACCAUAAAAACUCAUUAAUCCGUCAACAAAUGCUUUAUAAUUCAGAUGGUCAUUUGCCAUCAAUGUCAUCUCGAACUACAACUGCAACUAACGCAUCAUCUACGUCAUCUGGGUCAGGCUCAAGAACUAGCACUUUGACUAAGUCGAUGGUGUUGUAUUUCCCUCAUCAUCCACAACUUCCCUACAUUUCAUUAUUUAUCAACACUGAUUUAUACAAUAACAAGAUGGUGUAUAUGAAUGAAGAAGAGGAUGGAAUAUUUCUUGAAGAAUAUUAUCUUCGUGACGCAUCAGAUUCAAGCUUAUCCACCUCCACCUCGAGGUUGAAUCCAAUGCCUGCUGCUAGUGCAAAUAGAUCAACUCAAGUAAGGCAGAAAUUGAGAUCAACCACCAUGUUUCAAGAUGAAUCUUCAAUGGCCACAAUGAUCAACUUAGGUAAAUCAAUUAAUGAAUUGAAUAUAACUAUUGAUGAAUUUAGAAAAUAUUUGAGUAAACGAAUCGAAGCUGAUGCAUUUUAUCUGAACGCAGGCUAUGACUCGAAAGAAGCUGGAGAAAAACUUGGUUCAGCAAACAUCGGAUUUCCUGUGUUUAGUGAGAUUGAUGGAGAUGACGAAGAUGUUAGAACAAACGGUGGCGAAUCGGCUGGGGUUAGAUCAUUCACUGUUCGAGGUAAAGAUUUUAAUGAGUUUAUUUAUUUUAAACGAAUUAUUCCAUUUUUGAGUGUUGAUUCAAGUAAUGAAAUGAAGUUGUUGAAUGCAAAUUAA